CCUCUUAACAUGUGGCUGGUGCUCUCACCGCCUCCUCCAGUCACUUCAGCAGCGACGUGAGGCUCUGUGAUACGCGCAUCGCAUGCCUCCCUCUCCCCCCUCAGCCCAGGCUCUGCUGUUCAGGCUGCAAUUAGGAGCUGCUGUUUGUUCUAUCUGAUUCUCUGUGUCACUCUCCACAUCAGGGGCCACAGAGCAGACUCCAACAAGAGGAGAGGAGAGGGACUUAUAAACAGGAAACGUGACCAGGGGAACUGGGCUGAUCUCUGUGGCCACUGUGCUGGCCUGGAAGUCCUGAGUGCUACCCUCUGAGAAGAGAAUCAGACAGGUCCACAGCAAACAGCUAACAAUACUACUGCUCUUACACCUAGGAUCUACCUGUGACUUAUACGCAUUGGACGAGCUAAAAAGGAAGAGAUCUGAAAAUAAUUCAUCUCUGAUGAUGAGAAAGUCUGCAUGGAGGCAGAUGACUGGGCCAGAGAUGUGGAUGGGUCUCUUUGCCUUGGCCCUGACCCUCAGUCUAACCAUGGCUGAACAUGUGGACCAGAGGCCAGCACUCCAAACCAGCCCAGUUCUCCACAGGCACAAGAGAGAGUGGUUGUGGAACAACCUUUACGUGGAGGAGGAAAGGCCAACCAACAAACAAUACUAUAUCGGAAAGUUAAAGUCAACUAGAUCUGGUGACGGGACACACUAUGUCAUUAAAGGAGAAGGUGCCAACACUAUCUUCAAAGUGGAUGAAAAAGGACACAUCUAUGUCACUGAACGAUUGGAUCGAGAGGAGAAAAGCAAAUACCUUCUAAGUGCCAAGCUGUUUGAUACGAGCAACAUCUUGGUGGAGAAAGUGGAGGAGUUUGUGAUCCUGGUUACUGACAUCAAUGACAACGAUCCGGUGUUUACCAAAUCGUUCAACGCUUCUAUCAAAGAGAGAUCCAAAAGCGGAACUAAAGUGAUAGAAGUCACUGCCACUGAUGCAGAUGAUCCAACGACUGCAAAUGGAGAACUUGCUUACACUUUAUUAGAGGGGGGAGAUUUCUUCAAUAUAGACAACACAACGGGGAUUAUCACCACCAAGUAUGAGAACCUGGACCGUGAGACCCAGAGUAGCUAUGUGGUUGUGGUUCAAGCCCAGGAUCUGAGAGGACUUAAACAAGGGGGCACCGCCACCACCUCUGUCACAAUCGCAGUCAGCGACAUCAAUGAUAACAUAGCCACAUUUACCAAACGUUCCUAUGUAUUUAGUGUGAAAGAGGACAUGAAGCGGGGACAGAGAAUAGACACCAUAGUCCUGGAGGACAGAGAUGAGAUCCAGAAUAAAGACCCAAUCGUCACCAUAGAACCUCCAUCUGACACAUUUGAAAUGGAGCGCAGUCAGAACAAAGACGGCAACCUCAUGCUGAAACAGGGACUGGAUUAUGAAACCAAGAGCAGCUACACGUUCUUUGUGCACGUGAGGGAGAACCACUUGCAGUCCCCUGUGGAUAAUAAGGACAAUCCCGUGAUCAAGGCCCAGGUGACCAUCCAGGUGCUAGACGUUGAUGAGCAGCCAGAAUUCAGCAAGAGCAUCUACAACUUUAAUGUGAUAGAGGAAAUUAUGGUCAAUAAUAUUGGAGUCGUUUCAGCCAGAGAUCCUGAUAAAGCCAACAAGGCCAUAAGGUAUUCCAUCGAGGACAAGGACAGUCCCAUUGGUAUCAACCCCAUAACUGGACAACUUUUCACAGUGAGGAAGCUGGAUCGGGAGCUUGUAGCGAAUCACAUGUUCCAGGUUAAAGCUAAGGAGGAACCCAAUGGACUGGAAUCUUUUGUGAACGUCAACAUACUGGUCAUUGAUAUCAAUGACAACAAACCAGAGCUGUCCAUUGAAGAGAUAUUCGUUUGUGAAAAUGAUAUGGCUGGCACGGUGAUUGGGACCAUAAGUGCGACAGACAAAGAUUAUAAUUUGCCCGCAUUCAGCUUCACAUUGGUGAAGCCGAACGGCAACUUUUCGGUCGUCGAUAACAACGACAACACAUCUAACAUAGUCCUGAAACAUGGAGGCUUCAGCCUGGAGGACUCCAGGGAUUAUGUCAUAGAGAUUGGGAUCAGCGAUGGAGGCAGGCCUCCCAUGAGCAGCAUCACCACUCUGCCUAUCAAAGUGUGCAGGUGUGACAACAAGAGGAUUCACACCCAGUGCAAAGCAGCCCAACUAAAAAUGGGUGUGGGUGUCUACACCCUGAUUCCUAUACUGUGCAUCCUGACUAUUCUGAUCAUAGUGAUCCUGAUCGCUAUGAGAAAGCGUCACCAAAAGGACGCCCUGGUCACUCUGGGUAAGAGUGAGAUCCACGAGCAGCUAGUGACAUACGACGAGGAGGGCGGUGGGGAGAUGGACACCAACGGCUACGACGUGUCCAUCCUGACCUCAGCUCGGAAUGACGGCAGCAUGAGCAUGAGGCAGGGCCACAGCCUUUACGCCAUAGUGAAGAAACCGCCAACCGCGUGCAAGGGAGACAUGGCCGUGAUGAUCGAGGUGAAGAAAGAUGAAGCUGACCAUGACAGGGAUGGGAUCCCCUACGAUACCCUGCACAUCUACGGCUACGAGGGGCCAGAGUCCCUGGCUGGUAGCCUCAGUUCGCUGGAUAGUUCAUCCACUGGCUCUAGCCUUGACUAUGACUUCUUAAAUGACUGGGGCCCUCGCUUCAGAACCCUGGCUGAGCUCUACGGGGUAGAUGGGUCUGAGGGAAGUGACUCCCUGUAUUGAGCACACUGAGCCUAAAGACCAGCAGGCAGGACGUCUCUCAGCUCUCUCAACUCUUCCUUUGACUAAAAGCACAUCAGGAUUAACUUCUUCCACUAAUCCGUCCAAUCAUAGCACACUAUGAUAGGGUCCACUCAAGCGUGUGGACUCUCAGUAAUUCUCUCUUCUUCUACCCCCUGUUCCUCUUCCUCUUACUUAUCCUUUUUCCUCUCUUUUCUUUUGUUGUUAUUAUUAUUAUUAUAUUAUUAUUUUAAAGGAAUUGUGUUUUUAUUUCCUCUUUUUUUCAUUUGAUUAGUUAUUCGUUUUUUCUCAGAUUACACACACAGAAAUCUGUAUGCCUUCAUUUUGAUCGAUUGUGGGGUUUUUUUAUGGUUGACUAAACCAACUGUAGCUAUGUAGUGAGAGGUUGGUCCUUCAGUGAGUCACAGUGGCGUACUGAGUUGUCUUUCAGACAGAAUGACCCUUCUCAUCAGCAGCUACUGAUGGGAGCCCGACAGGGAGCCCGGCAGGAAACAAUGAUAACAGAAGCUCUGAAAGAAUUAAAGUCUACUCCCAGUUUAUUUGACAGGACUCAUCAACACAUCAAUUGUUGUGGAUAAAGCCCAAGUCUCCGAGGUCCUCUGUAACAAAAGUACUACAACCAACUCAGGAAAUGUGAAGUAGCUCAAUAGUCCUUUGGAUGACAACAAAGUUAUCUGAAUUACUUUAACCUUUCGUCCUAGAGCUACUGCUUCAACAUACUCCAUCAACAUACUGCUUCAACAUACUGCUUCAAUAUUCUUCUUCAACAUACUGCUUCAACAUACAGCAUGUGCUUCUGCUCCAUUUGCUGAAACAGAUUAAUAUAAUGAGGGCAAUCUACACAAGUUAAUGUUUAUCAUUAUCGCUAUUGUCCUUCUUGACUGAAGACAUAGCAAAAAGAGAGUUUUCUCUUUCUCUCUUUCUCUGUUUUAAUUAUAUUUAGAAUGUGGACUGUUUGUUGUAUACUGAAGCUUUGCCUACUUGGGACCACUUCUCAUAAACCAUGGAUACAAUGUGUGGAAGCCAUCUUACCACUUCCCUGUCUGGAUCAUAUACAUGGGGAGCAGGACCCCCAUCCUUUUUCAAACACCAUAGUCCGCCCCAUACACAUUACCCAAACAAAACACUGGAAUCAGCUUCCUGCACAUAUGUGUAUGAGGAAGCCCUCUUCCUGCCCUGUUAUCUUAUAAAGUAAAGCAACACAUUGUGGCUCGCUUCCUGUUUUCCUGCCUGGGAAAAACCUUUGGAGAGGGACAAAUAGAUGGAGAACAAUGUAAGAGCUACGAUGACUUUAAAAACAGGCAACAUUUCAUUUCUGUGUCGGCCAUCUACCAAAGAUCAGUAUGGUGAAACCUCGGUUUACAAUAGUAGCCACUGGUAAACUGUGCUGUAAUGUUAUGUCUCAAGGUCUUUCUAUAUAACAUACCUGAUCUACUUCGUUCCAUGCUAUUAAUGAUCUAUUCUAUUUCACGAGCUCUUACUUUUAGUGGUGCUCUGUAUAAUUAUCUGUAAACCUUAUGGACUAUUUUUCAAUGGCAAUAAGUAACUUGGUAAUACGGUAUUCAUGUUAUCGAGAUUGUGAGUACUGGAAAUUUAGUUGUCUAAACUGUAUAUAGAAAAUGUGCCUCAAUAUUGAUAUUGGCCUCACUUCUUUUUGCGUUAUUUCAAAAUGAUUUUACUUGACACUGGUCUUUGUCUGCUGAAAGUGUAAAAUAUGUUGUUUUGUUUUUUACACUUGUAGUGUAAUUGAUGUGUAAUUGUGCAUUGAUUGAUACUGUAUGUAUGUGUGAGUCCACCUGUGUAAAUUCACUCCAUUGGUUGUCAGUAUUGGGCACCAGAGAAAACAUUCAAAGGCAUUCCUUUCGUAUGCAGCUAGAUCAUUCUGUAGGGGAGCACUGUGUGCCUUGGUUUAUGAUCAUUCUCUUGACGGUGAACACAAUCUUUUCUAUGGUUUGUAUCGUGUAAAACAAAAACUUUUUGUUAAGUACCAAUUUUGUAUGUGUAAAAUAAACGUGGCACUCGAAUGAGAAGUACAAAAAGUGAGCUCUAUUGUUUCAAAGAAAUGCAAGAAGGAACAGAGUAAUAUUAUACUAAAUUGAAUUGAACAGACUAUGUUAGGAUAAUAUAGCUUUGAUGCUUGCUUUAAGCCAUGGUCCGUUCUAAGUUUUGGUUUCUGUGUUUUGCUGUAAAAUAAAGAUCGUAAUGCCUUUUUAGCCAUCUAAAUUGGCCUCUUGUAA